CGGGUACUCACGCCUCACAGCCCUCAACAUCCUCCAGCCGGCCAGCAAGCCAGCGCUUGUUUCCCUUCUCGCCGGCCUCCUCUUAUCACUGUCUUCGUCUUCUCCACCUCACUGCAUCGACUCCUCACCUAUACUCAGGUUAGAAUUCUUUUCAUUCAUGCUCAGUAAUGCAAACUGGAAGCUUGUCCCGCAGCCAUUUGCAUUCAAGAUGUUCGAUGUUUGUCCCAGCUGACCAAAACAUUUGACUCUGCCACCUGUUGUUUGAUUGUCUGAUACGGAUGGAGUUUCAAUGUUGCUGAGGCGCUUCUUUCCCGCUACAGUCCGGUCGUGGAAUCCCUUGAGUCGAUCAAUCCGCACAUCGGCCCGUGACCCGUUCCCCAGCAAAGUGUCCCACUACCUCUAUCGUGCGAAAGUAAUAGACGCCAUUCGUCUUGCUCUCAGAUCCAACUCCGCCAGUUCCCUGUCCGCCUCCUUAAAUGACCGCCUUUUGGAUUCCUUCAUCGUCGCGCAAGCUAUCCGCUCCUCUCCUUCAGCCGAUUGCUCUCUUUCGAUCAUAGAGACCCUCAAAUCGAACUCAAACUUCACCCACACUCAGUCUACAGUCCAUGCUCUAGCCUCUAUGUUGGCAAAGUUCGGUCGAAGGGUGGAACUCGAUGCCCUGGUCGACUCCAUUAAUUCGAGGAGCUUUAAGAAUGUAUGUGUUAGCUAUAUGAACCUUAUGAAAUGGUAUGCAGAGAUGGAGGACCUUGACUCGGUACUUGAUGCGUGGGAUAAGUAUAGAAAGGAGUCUGAUAAACGUGUUUGCGCGGAAUCUUACAACAUCAUGAUGCGACUUUAUGCCCAUAAAGGUUUGGACUCUGAGGCCGUGGAUGUUUUCUAUAGGAUGACCAAUGAAGGGGCUAUUCCUAACUGUAGAACUUUUACAAUUAUGAUCGAACACCUCGUGAAGUCAGGGAGACUGGACUCUGCAUUUGAGGUUUUCCAGAUCCUGCCGCGGAUGAGAAUCAAACGGACAUUGAAGCAGUACUCGAUUCUUGUCGAAGAGUUUAUCAGGGUCGAGAGGUUCAACGAGGCGGGGACUUUGCUCAAUGAGAUGCGGGCUGAGGGCAUACUACCUGGGCGAGCUCUCUUCUCCUCUUUGCAGACCAUGAGGGAUUCAGGACAUAUUCGUGAGACUGAUGAUCUUCUUUGUGAGAUGUUACCGGACGGGAGAAUAAGGAGUGUAGAAUAUUAUGCAAGUAAUACUGACGAUGGUGAUUCUGAUGAGGAUGAGAAUGAUGGCGAGAAUAAGGUUGAGGAUGUUAAUGAGCUUUCUAAUGGCAUAGUGGCUAAGGAGCUCAGAUUAAAACCUUGGUUCGAUCCUGGAGCUUUGGCAGGCGCCUUAAAUAGCUGGAACCCAGACGAGGUCUUGGCAUUGGAGAAUGCUAAAUUCGUGUGGACGACUCGGUUGGUCUGUAAGAUCCUCAGGAACUUCAAAUCACCCGAAUCAGCCUGGAAUUUCUUCUGUUGGGUUGCUUGUCAGCCGGGAUUCACCCACGAUGUCUACACAGUCCAGAGGAUGAUGACUCUGUUAGCACGGCAUGGGCGGGUUCAAUUAGUCGACCAACUCAUGCUGAAAAUUGCGAGGGAGGGUAUAAAGCUUCCCUAUAGCACCAUCAAGUUGAUCAUCGAGUUCUAUGGCUUGUCUAAAAAUCCUGAUGCUGCACUGAAGGUUUUCCGUCAUGGUAAGGCUCUCUGUGGGACCAUAUCUAAUUUCAACCUGAUGGUACUGUACUCAACCCUGUUAAGGACGCUGACCAAGUGCUCAAGGGAGUCUGACGCCCUCAGUUUGCUCGAUGAGAUGAUACUGAAUGGGAGCCCAGAUGCCCAAACAUUUUCGGGCUUGAUGGACCAUUUUGCUCUCGAGGGCGACAUCAAGAUAGUGCAGAAGUUGUUCACGAUGGUCAAACAGAGUGGGUUGGAGCCUAAUGGCUACAUGUUCAAAGUUCUGAUAUGUGGCUAUUGCAAGUGCAACAGGGCAGCCCUUGCGUGGAGGAUUUUUGAAGAUAUGAGGUAUUCAGGUCUUAUGCCUGAUGCCCCCACAAAGGACCUGCUCGUGAAGAGUCUUUGGAAGGAAGGGAAGAGGAAAGAGGCUGCAGCCGUGGAGGAAAGCUGCGAUCGUGUAAGUGGUUCGCUUCCUCUCGCUUUACGCGGGCAUGUUUGGACUGUGAGCUCUGCUGAUCUUGAUCGAGUCUAUGAUAUUUAUGCAAGUAGUUUCAUGUCAUGUGAUGGAUCCAAGACGUGAGACCAGGAAGUGUGCUUGAUGGAGAUAAUUGAAGCGGAAUACUUCUAUCCUCGAUCAUCUCUGAAGAUUGAAAUACUUCUGUCCUCAAACAUCUCUGAAGAUUGAACUAUGUGUCACUUAUCUUUAUAUGGAGGAGCUGUGUUUUGAUGGAUUGGAUUCCCUCGUUGCAGAAAUCUUGCGUUAGAUGCAAAGUUUUGCCAGAGGGCCUAGUCACAUAAAGUUUAUCAGUGUAGUUAGGAUCUAUAAAAUUUUAAACUCCCAUUCUACACUGAUAAACCUCUCCUCCAUCUCCCUUGGGUUUUCGCUCCUCUCACUAUCCGCCAUACCUUGGCUUGCUCUCAUGUCCUGUUGGGAGCCCAACUAUCCCAUUUUGCCCCUCUCACUACCCAGCCAUACCUUGGCUUGCUCUCAUGUCCUGUUAUGGGGCCCACUAUCCCAUAUCGGAAAGAGACGAGGGGCUGGGCACCUAUGGAAAUCAAACUUUCACCUCAUCCCUGAUAGGUGCCACCAUUUCGAGGAUCAAAUUCAGCGGUUCUCUGCAGUGGACAAUCUCUUCGGUGAGCCUACCAUAUUUCAAUACAUGUUUAUGUCAUAAAUGCAAUCACUGCUAGAUGUUUAUUUAUUGUUAGCUACGAUCCAGCUCUUGCGCUUAGCAAAUCAUCGGCUUGGAAAGCAAAAUGAUGUUUUUCGCUUUGUAGCCAUGGAGUAAAUCUAAAAGGAGUCUAGUGAAGUCAUCAUUUAAUUGUACUUGCAUUACUCAGAAACUAUCUCAGCUUAAAUACCUCUCCCUCUGCCUACUGAUCCACUUCGAUUUGUCAUGGUAUAAACGACCGAUUCCACUUUACUUGGGGAUGCUAUAAUUAAACUCA